AUGGCUCUGCUUUGGGUGGGGACAAAAGAUGAGGUGGCGUUACGCUAUGCUGAGAUCGAUGAGGAUGCGGAAGAAGUAGAAGAAGAACUGAAACAGAUAACCAUCGAUGUGCCCGGUAAAAAGAAAGCCAAAUGGGAUUGUGAAACGAUCGUAUCAACGUAUUCAAAUCUUUACAAUCGACCGGCCCUGAUCGUCGAUUCUUCACGCAAACGAAAAUUGAAGCCUGUUCUGAAGGAAAUCGAGGUUCGUUAA